AUGCUUCCUGAGGGUGUGAUGUUGCAUUAUACCAUCCAACCACUUGGACCAGAAUGUGUUACAGCUGGCGAAACGCAAGGUGGAAAUAUUAUGGGCCUGGGCAAGGUUUCCCAAGUCUGGUGGGUAUUCACCGUUGAGUGGCCACAAGAGGGUAGCGACGAAGCCUCUCAAAAGGCCGUCGACUCGUGUAUUGACGCUCUCACAGCAUCCGCCAAGUCUCAGGACUUGCUACUGAACUAUCUCUGCGCUAGCUUUGCAAACCUGAAUCAGGAUGUCAUCCACAGUUAUGGCGUAGAGAAUUUGAAAAAGAUGCGGGAAAUAUCCCGCAAAUACGACCCCGAACAGCUUUUCCAGGAACUACAGAACAAUGGAUUCCUUCUUCGUGACGCUUAG